CUUCUCUCAAUUUUUUUUUUGGUUUGCUUAGCUGAAGUCCUUAUCUGCCGCCGCCUGUCGUUAGCAGCUGUUGAAGUAUGGCUUUUGUUGCUUCUGCUGCUGCUUCAUCAGGUGACAUGGCCAUGGACAAUAAAUGUGAGGUGGUAUUCAUCUCCUAUCCUAGCAUUGGCAACCUGAUUCCUAUCGUUGAAUUCGCCCGCCACCUAACAUGUCACGAAUCUCGCUUUUCUGCUACCGUUUUUAUAAUCACCGUCUACCAAAGAGCCAUCCUCAACCUCUACACUCAAUCACUGUGGAACGCCGCCUCUCCUUCGGAUCGUGUCAAAGUCAUCCAUCUCCCUACCGUCGUCGAACAUCCUACUACUGAUCAGUACCAAUCUUCUAUGGGUUACUUAUCCCUCUUCAUAGACAAACACAAGCCCCUCGUUAAGCAUGCCAUCUCCGACCUCCUCUCAACUACUUCGGUCGCUGCUCUCUUUGUUGACAUGUUCACCACUUCCAUGAUCGACGUCGCCAAUCAACUUAGCAUUCCUUGUUAUCUCUUCUUUGCUUCCCCAGCCAGUUUUUUGGGGUUUAUGUUCCAUUUGCCUGAUUUAGACAGACAGCUUGCCGUCGACUUUGUUCAGUCUGACUCGGGACUAAUCGUCCCCAAAUUCUCGGCUGUUGAGUUGAUCGUCCCCAGUUUUGCUAAACCCUUGUCCCCUAGCUUGCUGCCCACCUCGGUGCUAAAGAGAAACAAGGACGGUUAUUUCUGGUACUUAGAGCACGCUCGUAGGUACAAUGAGACCAUGGGCAUUGUAGUGAACACGUUUCUCGAACUGGAGCCCCAUGCCAUUGACUCGAUCUCCUUUAAUGGGUUUCCCCCGGUUUAUCCGGUUGGUCCAAUUAUUGAUCAUGCUGGAGCUGCUCAAUGGCAUCCGGAUGGAGCUAAACAGGAUUCCAUAAUGAAAUGGCUUGAUGAUCAGCCUCCAUCUUCAGUGGUGUUCCUAUGCUUCGGGAGCAUGGGGAGUCUUGAGGUAUCCCAGUUGAGAGAGAUUGCUUUCGGGCUGGAGCAUUCCGGGUAUCGUUUCUUAUGGUCCAUUCGCAAGCCACCUGAAGGUAAACUGGAUCUCCCAGGGGAGUACACCAAUGUAGGGGAUGUUUUGCCGUCGGGGUUCUCGGACAGGACAGCCGGGUUGGGGCUCGUGUGCGGGUGGGUUCAGCAAGUGCGAGUAUUGAGCCACCAAGCAAUCGGAGGAUUUGUGUCACACUGUGGGUGGAAUUCCAUAUUGGAGAGCAUAUGGCACGGUGUUCCUAUUGCGACAUGGCCGGUAUAUGCAGAGCAACAAAUGAAUGCAUUUGAGUUAGUGAAAGAGUUGGGAUUGGGUGUUGAGAUCAGGUUGGAUUACAGGGAUGGCAGUGAUUUGGUGGCGUCCAACGAGUUCGAAAGAGCAUUGAGGCAUUUGAUGGACCGUAAAGAUGAAGUGAAGGCAAAGGUAAAGGAAAUGAAGAUCAAGAGUAGGAUGGCAUUGAUGGAAAAUGGUUCCUCAUAUAAAUCUUUAGAAUCCUUGAUCCAGGAAAUCAGCAGUAGAAUACAAGGUCUCAAGUGA